AUGCCCCCCGCAGUGGAGCAGGACCGGGACACCUCCUCCCCAAAGCCCUACUGGAAGGAGUUCCGCUUCGACCUGGCUCAGGUGCCCGCAGGGGAGUCGGUGACGGCCGCCGAGUUCCGCAUCUACAAAGCGCGGGGCGUCAGCCGGCACAGCAACAGCACCCUGCAUGUCAGCAUCUACGAGAUCGCCGCCGAGCGCCCCAACAGGGAGUCCAACCUGUUCCUGCUGGACGCCCAGCAGCUGCGUGCCGGCACCGAGGGCUGGCUGGUGUUCGACGUCACAGCCGCCAGCAGCCACUGGCUGGUGGAACGCAAGUACAACCUGGGCCUGCGGCUCUACGUGGAGACAGACGAUGGGCUCAGCGUGGAGCCGGGCUCGGUGGGGCUGCUGGGCCGCCGCGGGCCCCGCUCCAAGCAGCCCUUCGUGGUGACUUUCUUCCGGGCGAGCGCCAGCCCCGUGCGAGCCACGCGGGCGGCCAAAGCACCGCGCAGGAGGCAGCCCAAGAAGAGCAGCGACCUCCCACACCCCAACAAGCUGCCGGGGAUCUUCGAUGAUGUCCGCGCUGCAGAUGGGCGGCAGGUCUGCCGGAGGCACGAGCUCUAUGUCAGCUUCCAGGACCUGGGCUGGUUGGACUGGGUGAUCGCCCCCCAGGGCUACUCGGCCUACUACUGCGAGGGGGAGUGCGCCUUCCCGCUGGACUCCUGCAUGAACGCCACCAACCACGCCAUCCUGCAGUCCCUGGUCCACCUGAUGAAGCCCGAGGCCGUGCCCAAGGCGUGCUGCGCGCCCACCAAGCUCAGUGCCACCUCCGUCCUCUACUACGACAGCAACAACAACGUGAUCCUCAAGAAGCACCGCAACAUGGUGGUGAAGUCCUGCGGCUGCCACUGAGCACCGGGGGGCAGAGGGGCACCGGGAUCCUUGCUGUGUGCGGGGGGAGGGGGGUUUGCUGCAGCAGCACCAGGGCUGCCCACCCAACACACCACCACCACAUCUGCCCAACUCUUUCCCUUCCCAGAAGUGGAUGUAAAUAAUAUAAAACUUCCCUUCUCUCACCACACGUAAUGAGAAACAUCCAUACUAUACAUGCAUAGAUAUAAAUAUAUAGAAGAGGAAGAGGAUUUGUGGUCGGUGACGUCGGGCCGUGGCGGAUGUGCGGUGCCCGGGGUGAGGCAGGGCGGCUCCGAGGACAGCUGGGCAGCCCGGCUCCAAGCAGGGCUUUCAGUUCCCUACACAAAAACACCCUCAGCCAAUUAAGCAGCCGGCUGACUAACAGGCUCCUGUUUACUUAGAGUUCACAAAACUCAGCCAAGGGGAAAAAAAAAAAUACAUAUUGAGCUACAACACUGUUAUAAAAUAAAUGCCUAGUUUGGAAAGUAAACACGGCCUUUCUCUUGCUGUUUUUUCAUAAAUGUCACAGCACAACGACGUUCUGUUCUGCACGCUGAAUUUCGCAAUGAAAAAAUACUCACGAUGGCCUAAAACUGCUCCUGUUUGCCUGAAGCUGAGCCCAGCAGGCACUGUGGCAGCUGGGCUGUUCUGGGGCACCCAGGGAACGUGGCUUACCCAAACACAGAGGAAAAACAAAGAGAAAAAAAUGCAGUAAGCCAACCCAAAUCCCAAGGAUGGUUGAGCACCAAAAAAGGAACUUCCUGAUCCUGCUGCCUGGGUUAAGGGCUCACCACACUGGAAAGGUUCCGUUUGCUGAUGAAGGCAACACAAAGCAGCUCAGGACCAGUAAUGCCCUCGGGCGGAAUGCUCCUGGGUCAGGGCUUGCUUGGGGACGUCUGCAAGGAGUAUUCCAAAACUUGAGAUUUAAAGAGCAUCCUCACUCAGCGAGAGCCCAACAGCCAGGACAGGCCUUUGUUUUUCUAAAAUUCGGUUUUAUUACUUCUGUGAAAUAUAGGAAAUCUUUACCAAGGGAGCGGCAGGCACAGUGGGAGCAGAAAGCAGCACAACGCGCCCCGCAGCAGCCGUCGCCCCGCUCACACCGCAGCGCCGCUGCAGGCAGGGGCA